GGAGAGCAGGGGGGCAGGGGCACAGGCGGAUCUUCUGCAGGCGCCCCGCCUCCAAGCCCGGAGCGGGCAUGGCCGGCCUCAUCAAGAAGCAGAUCCUCAAGCACUUGUCCCGGUUCACGAAGAACCUCUCCCCGGACAAAAUUAACUUGAGUACCCUCAAAGGGGAGGGUCAGCUGACCAACCUGGAGCUGGAUGAAGAGGUCCUGCAGAACGUGUUAGAGCUGCCCACCUGGUUAGCCAUCACGCGGGUCUACUGCAACAAGGCUUCCAUCCGGAUCCAGUGGACAAAGCUGAAGACCCAUCCGAUUUACCUGUGCCUGGAUAAGGUGGAGGUGGAGAUGCGGACGUGCGAGGAACCUCGACCCCCUAAUGGACAGUCUCCUAUUGCCCUGGCUGCCGGACAGAGUGAGUAUGGCUUCGCCGAGAAGGUAGUGGAGGGCAUGUUUAUUGUCGUCAACUCCAUCACCAUCAAGAUUCACUCCAAGGCAUUCCACGCUUCCUUUGAGCUCUGGCAGCUCCAAGGCUACAGCGUCAACCCCAGUUGGCAGCAGAGUGACCUCCGCUUCACGCGCAUCACGGAUCCCCACCGAGGAGAGGUUUUGACAUUUAAGGAACUAACGUGGCAGACUCUUCGGAUAGAGGCAGACGCCACAGACAAUGGUGAUCAGGAACCGAUCACCACGCCACUGAGACUCAUCACCAACCAGGGCAGGAUCCAGAUAGCUCUCAAGAGAAGAACCAAGGACUGCAACGUCAUGGCUUCCAAGCUGAUGUUUCUCCUGGAUGACCUCCUUUGGGUGCUGACCGACUCCCAGCUGAAGGCCAUGAUGAAGUACGCCGAGUCCCUGAGCGAAGCUAUGGAGAGAGCCGCCCAGCAGAGGAAGAGCCUGGCCCCGGAACCAGUGCAGCUCACCCCGCCCGCCCCCAGUGCCCAGCAGUCCUGGGCACAGGCGUUGGCCGGCGGGCAGAGCGGCGGAGGCGGGAGCGGCGGUACCAGCAGCAGCCUCGGCCAGUACUUCGAGAAGUUUGACGUGAAGGAAUCCUCCUACCACCUGAUGAUCUCCCGCCUCGACCUGCACAUCUGUGACGACAGCCGGUCGCGGGAGACAGGUGUCUCGGCGAACAGAGUGUCGGGUGGCGCCAUGCAGCUCACCUUCCGGAAGAUGGCAUUUGACUACUAUCCUUUCCACCGGGCAGGAGAUAGCUGUAAGCACUGGGUGCGACACUGCGAAGCCAUGGAGACUCGGGGCCAGUGGGCCCAGAAGCUGGUUCUGGACUUUCAGAAGCAGAUGGAGAAGUGGAACGAGGAGGCGACAAGAACCCACCCCCCUGCUUGGCCCCCGGGGUUGGAUUCCUCCUUCCCGAGAAAGCGAGACCCUCUCUCCAGCCCGCUGAGGAGUCCUCCAGAAAAGAGCCCUCCGCCAAGCCAGCCGGCGGCCCCGGCCCCCGGCCCCGGCCCGCUCCCACUCCCGGCGUGGAGCCGCCUUCGCUCCAGCGGCAUAGUGGUGCGUGUCGACGACCUGGACAUCCACCAGGUGUCUACAGCCGGUCAGUCCACCAGGAAGCCCGCCACCCUCCUCUCCUGCAGCCGAAAACUCCACAACCUUCCUCCCCAGGUCUCUGCGAUCCACAUCGAGUUCACGGAGUAUUAUUUUCCAGAUAAUCAGGAAUUUCCAGUUCCCUGCCCCAACCUGUACGUGCAGCUGAACGGCCUAACCUUCACCCUGCACCCCAUCAGCCUCCUCUGGGGGAACCUCUUCUCCUUGGACCUCUACCGCAGCCUGAGGCAUUUCAAAGCCAUUUACAAGCUGGAGGACUCAAGCCAGCAGGAUGAGCAUCUUGACACCCGAUUGGAUGCUUUCCAGGUGAAGGUGAGCAUCCCUUUAGAGAAGAGAGACCAAGCCGGGCCCCAGCGUCCCCAGGCCCUGGCCAUCUCCGCCUCCGCCAUGACGGCCACCAACACCCGCCACGCCCCACACUGUAGCCACCUGGAUCUCCAGAACCUCUUCCGCCGUUUCGCGGCUGCCGAGUUCUUCCACCCCACCUACGCCCGCUUCCCCAAGGCGGCGGGCGGCUUCGGCCUCCUUCACCCGCUCUUCCUGCACCACGCCUUCCAGGUGGACCUCCCGGCCCAGCGGCCCCUCCCCCUCCCCCCCGCGAGGCCCGCGGCCUCCCAAGACUUGUGGUCGGUCCGCUUCGCCCAGGUCUCCCUGGAUUUCGAGGGGACGGAGAGCUGCCGGGGCCGACCCGUCAACUUCGUGGCUCCGUUCCCCCUGUCCGUGUGGGCCUGUCUGCCCACCCGCUGGGACCGGGCCCGGCGGCGGCCUCCGCCGGCCUCGGAGGGGAGGAUGAAGCCCUCGGCCAGCUUGGGCAGCCGGGUGCGGGCCCCCGCCUCGGCCCGAGAACCCGGGCCCCGUCAGAGGUCGAAGACCGAGUGGGACCUGAAGAGCCUCUCGGGACCUCCGGAGGGCCGGGGCGGGCUGGGGGAAGGGGACGGCGAGGCGGACGCCGGGGGCGCCGGGGGGGAGGCGGAACGUGCCGCGGACGUCCACGUGCUGGUGCACUCCCCGGCUCCGGUGCGGGGGCACCUGGACCACUACCAGUACCUGGCCCUGCUCCGCCUGAAGGAGGCCCUGCAGAGCCUGCAGGACCAGCUGGCCCAGGACACCCAGGCCAUGACGGGGGCCCCCCCGCAGGCCCACUCGGCCUGCCUGGGGUUCUUGUUUCCCAGCGCCGAGGUGGCCCUGCUCAUGCCCCCGACCCCCGAGCCCGGCUCCGCGGACUCGGAGACCACCAGCCUCGUCGACUCGGAGUUCUCCCCUUCGGAGGACCGCGACCCCAAGUCCGACGUCUCCUCGGACAGGGGCCUGGGCGGCAGCCCCGUGAGACACCUGGAGGACAGCGGCGUCGAGAACCCCGACCCCUCGCCGGGGAAGCCGCCGUCCCCCGAGAAGAACGGACUGCCCCGGGGGGUCUCGACCCGGCCGGAGGGCGGGGGGCGGGGCGGGGAGGCCCCCGGGGCGGAGCUGAAGAGGCCCAACGGAGGCCGGCCCCCCAGCCCAGCCGCUGGCAGGGAGCGAGUCCCGAACGGCCGGGCGGAGCCCGGUCCCUACAAGAACCUCGAGGCGGAACUGCCCGGCGCCCUGCACAUCAAGGACGCGACUAAGGAGGCCUUCCACGCCACCGUGGACCUGACCAAGGAGGCGGUGUCGCUGACCAAGGACGCCUUCAGCCUGAGCAGGGAUCGGAUGACCUCCACCGUGCAGAAGAUGCUGUCGCUGCCUCCGGCCAAGGACCCUUUGGCCAAGGUGGAAGAGGGAGCCGUGGCCCCGGCGAUCGGAGGAUCUGCCCGCCGCUUUUUGUCCAUGAAGAGGACCGUGUCCCAGCAGUCCUUCGACGGGGUCUCCCAGGACGGCAGUGGCCUCGAAGACCAGAUAUCAGUGGACAGCGAUGGCAGCGACGGCUUUGUCAUGCUCCUGGAUGCGGAGUCUGGGCUGGAGUCCCUUCCCUCGGGGAUCCUCCCUCAGACCGCGGACGACUCCAGUAGCCGAGGGAGCCCCGGGGCGGACGGUGAGGCCCGAGGGUCGCCCGCAGUCAACAGCUUGGCCUCGUGCGGCAGAGGGGACUCCGCCCUUCAGCUGGUGUCGGGGCUGGUGUUGAGGGUGACCGGAGUGUCCUGUGGGAUCGAAGCCCAAGGCGAGGACCUGGCUGUGGCCCUGCAGGCCGAGGAGCUGGCUCUCGAGCAACCAGGCAAUGUGGGACUGUGGCAGUUUCUGCGGCGAGAAGGCCCAGGCGACGGAAGCCCGGCGAGAGACCCGGACUCGGAGGGCUCCGAGACCCAACCGUCGGUGUCCCUGCGAUUCGAGGUGGGGUCCGGAGCCUCCCUCCGCUCUCCCCUGGCCGCCCGGAACGGCUUCUUACACUUGCUCCUCUGCGGCUGUGACGUGGAGCUGCUCACCUCGGUACUCAAUGGGCUGGGGCCCUUCCUGGAAGACGAAGAGCUCCCCGUCGUCAUCCCCAUGCAGAUUGAGUUGCUGGAUGCCCGGGUCACCCUGAAGGACGACAGCCCCCCGAUUUAUCCCACAUCCCCGGGACCCGUCCCCAUCACCCUGGCUGUGGAGCACAUCGUGGUGGAGCGAGACGACGAAGGGGUAUUCCACCUAGACGCCGCCGCCAAGGCCGGGCCUUCGGCAGAGAGGCGUCGGUGCCGAGACCCCGGAGAACAGACGGCCCAGACAUCUGCGGGCGUGGAUUGCAGGCUUCAGGCCGGGGAACCACCGACCCUGCGGGCAGAGCUGGAAGCCACGAAGCGCGCAUUAGCUGCUGCCAACCAGGACAAGGAGAAGCUGCUGCAGGAAGUCAGGAAGUAUAACCCCCUCUUCCAGCUCUGACAGGGGUGACGGCGGGAGCGCUGGCCAGCGGCCCACGGGGAAGGACGGAGCACCGGUAGCGGGCCCCGUCGGACGCCCCGAUAGCCCGGCCUCUCGGCGAGAGACACCAGAUCCGACCCCUCCAGGGUGUGCUCCCUGCCGAGCUCUCCCAGCUCUGAGGGCCUCGGGGUGGAGCCGUCCAGGACCGGGCACGCGGGCGCUUUUCCUUUUCCUCCUCGACCCGUUGGCAGCGUUUUCUACCCCCAAGGCCCCGACCGCCGUGGGGCUACCUUCCCACCCUUCCCUCCGGUCUCACUGCAGAAACAGCUCUUCCCUUUUCACUCGAGUGGGUGCGGGGAACGUCCCCCUCCUUCCCGCACCCUUGUUUUCCUCCCCGGAGAGAUCUGCCAAAGAGCACGUGACCCAGAGUUUCCCCAAGCGGAGCUGGCAACUGAGCGGGCAGAACUACCCGGGAAGCGCUACCACAGGGAGGGGGGUGUAGAGGUACUGGAAGGAGGGGCUCGGGAGGCCCUUCGGGGAAAGGGGAGGUGGGGAAGGGAGCCCGCCCCUGCCUCGCCUCUCCGAGGAGGGCGGCCGAGUUGGGUCCGAACAACGGCUUCCUCGGGAAGGCCGAGACCGCCCGCUUUUCCGUUAGAUUCGGGAAGAUGGAGGGCCGCGCCUGGGUACCCUAGCGCCGGAGGAGUCAACGGGGAGGCGGUGGCCGCCCAGCAGCGCCCUCCCUCUCUAGUGUCAGACGCAGUUUUGCGUUUUCAGUCGCAACAAGAUCGACCAGAGCAUUCCGGGGGUCCGAUGUGACCGAAGUGUAGAGGAUGGAGGAAGGGCGAGGUGGGUGACUCGGUUGGCUCCCGCUCCCGGCCUUCCCGGAAUCCUGACCCUCCCCCACAAUCUCAUCCUGGCAUCCUCAUCGCCGCCACUCCGCCCCCCUCCCUCCCCACACCCCCUCGUCCUGCUCCUCCUCCUCCCGGGCACUCGUCUCUUUUUCCGGUCCCCGUCCCUCGGCUCGCCCAACUCUUGGAAGGCCGGAUCCUCGGUUUUGGUCUGUCAACUCCGAUAAAGGCGUCACGGUCACCCUAGCCUCUUUAUGUUACUAUUUGGACUAGGUCCAAACCCCCUCCCCCCCCCCCCCCCCCGGCCCCCGGCCGUGGUCUACAAAGACCGGGCCUUACUCCCAACCUCGGGGAGUAGAAAGGAAAGUCAACCUAGGAGGCCUCUGAUGGCCGGGCGUCCUCUUCCCAAUUCUGAGGAAUUUUCAUUCCUGGGGUUUUCCUCACCUUUCUCCUCCGAGGAAGCAAUAGGAGGAGAAUACCUGGAGCCCGAAACUGUCCCGGCGGGGAGAAAAGCGCCCUGGCCGCAUCAACCCCUUGAUGACCAGGCCGUAGCCCCGCUCUACCACCUUUCCCACUGCCGCUCGGGGCCGGAGGGGCCUCACCGCUUCCGACCACGUGGCGGUCGAUCCCCCCGCCCCGGAGUCUGGCUCCUCUGGACUCUGGCGGCUGCCACCUUCUCUUGAGACCCUCUUCUGGGCGAGAUCUGACCCUUGAUCUGGGCGUAGGCGAGGUCUAGAUCCCUUUCCUCCCCUCCCAAAGAGCUCUGCCGAAAAAUCUUUUGAGUAGAAUCGCCGUCUUCCCUGACUUCUCCGGCUCCCCGGACGAGGGGAGAAAGAAGGCUCUUUGCGUUGGAGAAACAGGAAGGGCCGGCCAGAAACCUGGCCAGAUAGGAGGUGGACGGAGAAAACAGCCACGUCCGCCUUUCGGCCCGCUUCCUCCCCUUCCUUUUCCCGCUAGGGGUUGGGGAACUCUGCCUCGGAGCCACACGACCCCAGAGGUGAGAAAUGCCAGCAUCUAAGAAGGACUGACCCGAAUCCAGCCUCAAAGUUCCUCAGCCACGGUGCCCGAGCCCUGCACUUUACUAUCGCCACGGUCUGGAAUUUGGGACUCUUUUGGGGAUUUGCGGCGACCUCCCCGGCUCACUCUGCGACGAACGAGAGGCCACCCUCCCCAGAGCUAACGGUACGGAUAUUUUUCUCCCACUCCUAACGCUGUGAAGAUCUGAAUUCUCCUCGCCGUGAUGAACUUACUCUCGCCAGGCUGCUCGGUUAGACGCUGCCGGAGCGGGAGGGGAUCAGCGCGCGAGUGACUUCCGGUGUCGUUUCCAGCUCCGCACGAGACUUCCCGUGAGCCUCACCCCUCUAUACGGUGGGGGUGUUUCGGCUCCAGAGUCGGGGGUGGUUUCUGUUAAGUGUCUCGAGAGGGUUUGCGAUCGGAUGCCCCCGGGGGCAUCCAGGGGGAACUAAACGGAAGAGGGAAGCCUGGAGUGAGUUCGGGGUGAAGACGAGGGAACGUAUGCGUUGAGGCGGCAGGGGAGCUUCUUCUGAUGCCCAAGUUAAAUGCGGCCACGUUCUGCCUUUCCCCCACAGGGCAGGGGCCAGAGCCAGAUACCGGGUAGAGGUAACGCCCCCUGCUUGCCCUCUGUCGGUCACCUUGGUGGGAAUUAGAGGGCUGAGCCCCCUGGUGCUAACUACCGUCCUGCUUUCAGAGGGGCAGGGCCAGGGGAGAGGCUCCUUUUCUGCCUCUUGGGAAAUGAAGCCCCACAGGGUGUCCCCCGGAUGGUCGGGGAAGGGUGGAGGACUCCGUCUUUGCGUGCCGUCUCCUCCUCACACCUCGCAGGGCCGGGAGUGGCCCAGGAUUGCCUCACUGCCCCCGAAGGGGCGGAACGCCGGAGAAAGGGGAGUCCAUCUGUCCUCUGGGCCCGGCCCUUUCGGACUCCGCCUUGCGACGUCAUGCGUUUUCCUAACCCGGGAGAGAUCUGGCGUUCUCCCCUCCUGGCUUACUUAGUUCCCGGAAGCUUUAGAGGAGAGGGAGGGGGGCACGGCCCUGCCGAGGAACGUUUCCGGGACGGUGGCUACCCGUUUCUACAGUACGUGGGUCUAGCCAGGACUUUGAGGCCAACAGCUUUGUCCCUCUCUCCUGAAGAGGUGAGAACAAAGAGGUUGUGACGAGCACUCCGAACCAGGCUCUCAACGGCGAAGGGAGCGUAAAUCAAUGUCCCUCCAACCCCCUUGUCCGCCGGCUCUCGGGGUUAGAACGCCGGUGGGAAGUCAGGGGAACAACUCUGGGUGGUGGAUUGGGACCGGGCAGGGACAACUGAUCCUGACCUUCUCCCGCCCCUCCGUCAAGGACACUAAGCACUAGAGGGGAAACUCCCCGCGGGUGGUGCCCGUUGGACCGAUGAGCCCGAAACCCGCCCAUCGCCACGCCAUUCUUCUUGUCUACUACGAAGGCAGGGUGGAAGACACCUCCCCGGAUGGAAUCCUCGUCGGGGUUGAGGUUUUUAAAGGUUGCACUAUCUGUCCCACUACUGUUACUGGUUCUGUGAACCUCCUGGAAAAUGGUAAAUUAAAUCUACCGAGUGACACCAAA